UCUUUCCAAAUAACCGUCAGAUUCGGAGCUGGAUUCUCUUUUCCGUUACUCAUCCGACGGCCAUUCUUUCUUCUUCCCAUUUUCCGGCGAAAAGAAGAAAAGAAGGAAGAAGGAAGAAGGAAGAAGGAAGAAGGAAGAAGGAAGAAGGAAGAGAUUUCUUUCAUUGUUACAGAGAAACAAAGCUAUGGGGAAAGAUUACUAUAACAUACUCAAAGUAAGCCGAAGCGCUAGCGAUGAAGAUUUGAAGAGAGCUUACAAAAGAUUAGCUUUGUUUUGGCAUCCUGACAAGAACCCUUCUAACAAACAUGAAGCUGAAGCCAAGUUCAAGCAAAUUUCUGAAGCUUAUGAUGUUCUUAGCGAUCCUCAAAAGCGUCAGAUCUACGACCUUUAUGGGGAAGAAACCCUCAAGUCCGGCAAGAUUCCGCCGCCCAAUCCUCACGCCACUUCUUCAUCUGCUUAUUCUCCCGUUUAUCAGCAGUUUCAACGCCAGCAUCCCAAUACUUCUACGUUUAAGUUUAAUCCCAGGAACGCGGAUGAUAUUUAUGCGGAAUUUUUCGGAUCCGAGGGCGGUGGCGGGAGUAAUAAUGUCGAUGGGGGUGGGAAGAGUAGAGGGGUUAGGGAUGAGUUUUUUAGGUUUCAGAAUGGGAUGGAGAAUGGGAGUGGUGUUAAAGGGAGGAAGGCGGCUGCGGUUGAGAGUGCGUUGCCUUGUACCUUGGAGGAGCUAUUUAAAGGCGCCAAAAAGAAGAUGAGAAUUUCAAGAAAUGUUUAUGAUGUCUCUGGCAAGUUCCGGACAGUUGAAGAGAUAUUGACAAUAGACAUAAAGCCAGGGUGGAAGAAGGGGACAAAGAUCACUUUUCCUCAGAAAGGAAAUCAGGAGCCUGGCAUCAUUCCAGCAGAUCUUAUAUUUGUAGUGGAUGAGAAACCACAUGCUAUAUACCGGAGAGAUGGGAAUGAUCUAGUGGUGAACCAUGAAAUAACGCUCCUGGAAUCACUCACAGGUAAAACUUUUGAACUUACUUCUCUGGAUGGGAGGACUCUCACGAUCCCUAUUACGGAUAUUGUCAAACCUGGCGAUGAGAUGGUUCUGGCAAAUGAAGGAAUGCCAAUCUCAAAGGAACCUGGGAAGAAGGGAAAUUUGAGAAUCAAAUUUGAUGUCAAAUAUCCAUCAAGACUUACAACAGAACAGAAGUCUGAUCUAAUAAGAGUCCUUGGUGUAGUUUCAUAGCACAACACACCCACUUGGUAAAAAAAGAACAAAACAAAAGAGUUGCCCAUAUUAACACAUAGAUAGCAUAUUAUUCCCUGUAAAUAUAAACUCUGCAUGAUCUUGAAGAAUGUGAAAUGUUGGUAAGUCUGUUCUUUGUUUUGGGUGGGGGAAUGGAAUUUUUUGGUUACUGGCAGGCAUAGAAGAGGCAAUAGAUCAGUAUAUAUUAUUUCUGGGUAUGUCAUCUGGGAUGAUUUUUGACAGAGUAGUGUUUUUCUUUCCCUCUUUAGUGUUAAUUUCUGGAGGGAAAUUUGUUUUUGCUCUGUACUUAGCUGUGUGACAACUUUUAACUUCGAAAUUUUGAUCUCAUCAAUUUGAACUCUGAACUUGAAUAAGUGGUGAAAUCGCCAUUUCCCUCCUUUUUUUUUUUUUCCUCUUUUGGGUUUGGUUUUUUUUUAUGGGAUCUGUGUGUUUUGCAGCUUGAUUUUAGAUGUUUUAUUUGUCCAAUUGUUUCUUAGUUCUAAAGAGGUUGAUUUCACCACUUAUACAAUCUUCAAAGGAGUUCUAUUUAAUGAAAUUGAAUUUUGAUAGACCUCUUUAAGUUCUCUCAGAGAGAGAGAGAGAGAGAGUCCUUGUUUAUUUUAUUUUAUUUUACUUUGGGAAUGAAGAAUAUAUCCAACUUGAAGUGUAAUUGGGUGGUUUUAUAUA